AUGGCGGCCGAAGCUGUGCGCCCACAGGAUGAAAAUGCAGUGGCCGUCCGUCGCAGACACACUUCGUCUCCUCCCACGGCGCGACAAUCGUUCUCUAUUGCGCCCCAUAACGUCUUCCUGUUCCUAGUUGGAUUUCGGGUGGUCAACGCUUUGACGACAAGGACGUUCUUUCAACCAGAUGAAUACUUUCAAGCGUUGGAGCCAGCAUGGCAGUGGGCGUUUGGAGAAGGCGCAGGAGCAUGGAUAACAUGGGAGUGGAAGAACCAUCUGCGAUCUGCAAUACACCCUGCAAUCUUCGGACUCUGUUACCAACUAGCGGACUCCGUUGCCGAGCACCUGAUGCUGCAGAACCCUAUGCGCUCGGAGGUCCUGCUUGCUGCUCCCAAGACCUUGCAGGCCAUCUUUGCCGCGACGGCGGAUUUCUACACCUGGAGACUUGCAUCCUCGGUUUAUGGAGACGGCUCGACGGCAUCUCUGGCAACUCUUCUCUUGACUGUCGUUAGCCCGUGGCAAUGGUUUUGUUCGACACGAACAUUCUCAAAUUCGCUGGAAACGACCUUGACGAUUAUCGCGCUAUAUAAUUGGCCCUGGAAUCGGACUCUGCCACACGAUGGAAACGACGAUGCACUCAAAACCAAGCAGGAGAAGAAGAGAAUCCUCACUCAAGACAAUUCUACAACCGAAAAAGCUUCUGCAGACGAGGUGACACGCCUCAGGAGAGCGUUGCUCUGUGCUGCAGUGGCUACAAUCCUGCGGCCCACGAAUAUUCUCAUUUGGAUGAUCCUCACAUUUCUCACAUUCGUUCGGGACUGGAAUUCGAUAGGCCUCAACUGGGUGGAAUGUAUUGUGUUCUUCCGCGAAACAGUUCUCUGUGGGGGCAUUAUUUUACUCUCUUCAGCCAUACUUGAUCGGAUAUGCUACGAUGCAUGGGUCUUCCCACCCUUGAAUUUCCUCCGGAUCAAUGUCGUUCAAUCGUUGGCAACAUUCUACGGUAAUAACGAUUGGCAUUACUACGUCUCUCAGGGGUAUCCUCUGCUCCUUACGACGGCGCUACCGUUUACAAUGAUCGGAUUGUUUCGAGUCUUGAGCUCCUCGAAAGAUCCGUCUUUUGCCCAAACACCUCCAGCAGGCCGCAAUGCACUCUAUUCUUUAUCCAUCACAUGUCUUCUCGUCCCAGCGGCCUUCUCAGUCAUCGCACAUAAGGAGGUGCGCUUCAUCUAUCCCUUAUUGCCGGCUCUGCAUACUUUGACCGCCCUGCCGCUAGCGUCCUUCUUCCACCCAUUAACAAGUCGUUCCCCAUCGUUACACCUUGCAAAACGACUGUUACUCUUCCUCAUCUUGUCCUUGAAUUUCACGAUAUCAUUCUACACCACACAAAUCCACAACUCCGGCAUCAUUGGCCUGACCGAUUAUUUGCGCCACGAAUUCGAAAUGGUUUAUCUCGACUCUCCCAUGCCCUUGAGCAUGACGGUCGGCAUGCUCAUGCCCUGCCACUCCACCCCCUGGCGCUCUCAUUUACAAUAUCCCCCGUCCUCGACGCAUCCGGGAAUCCGAGCCUGGGCAUUAACAUGCGAACCACCGCUCAACCUAAAUGCAACCGAGAAAUCCAGCUAUCUAGACGAGGCAGACCAGUUCUACGCCAACCCGUCGAUUUGGAUAAAGAAACACAUGUCCCGCUAUCCUCCACACCACAAAGGUAACACUCAACCAGCUGGCUCGGUCUCAGGAAUCUUCGCCGCCCACAGUCAACAUGGGAAAAUUGACACCAUCCCCCGAGACAUCCUUGAAAGCGAACGCGCGGAGCAAUUCUGGCGUGGCGGCAGCGGUCAAGGUCGAAAGCCGUGGCCGGAUUAUCUCGUUUUCUUCGCCCAACUGGAACCGACCUUACAAGUGGUCUUACGAGGAAGCGGGUACGGCCAGUGCAAACGGCUAUUCAACUCUCACUGGCACGAUGACCGGAGGAGGCAGGGCGAUGUGGUUGUGUGGUGUCUCGACCCAGCGAAACAGAGGGAACCGAAGACGACCCUACAAGGGGGGAAUGUCGGAUCACGGACCGUUGGAAUGGAGGAAAUCGAAGACGCGAUUCACGACCCUGAUACCGGUACGGGGAGGAUAGGGCAGAAGGUGCUGGGCGGUGGCGCGAAGACCAGGAAGGCAAAGGAGGAUCACCGGGAAACGGACAGAACGAGGACGAGGGUCGUAGAGAAACCUUUCUGGAAAGUCCGAGAGCCAGACGACUGA